GUAUAAUAUCAUUGGAAGCUAUUAGGAGUGGAAUAGGUUUUAUUUCUUACCUUGUUUCACGUUGUCUAAGGGCCUUAUAAAUGUGUUAUUGUAGUUAUUGAAUCGUUAUAAUAUUUCAAUGUUACAAAUGUACAUUUGUUAAGAUAAAAGUUUCAUUGCAUUCCAAUAUCCAUUGAUAUGAAUGCCAUAUCAAGUAUGUAGAAAGUUAUAUAAAAACUCUUAACUUCGUAAUAUUCAAAUUGAUUUUAAAUUGUUUUGUUGCAUAUUUUUAUCUCUGUUAUAUUUUUGCAUAUGGCAACAUGAGGAUUUUAUUUAUUCCGAUACUGAACAGUUAUGGAAUUUAUUGAUUAACAUUGAUUGAAAUUGUAUAUUUUUUAACACCUUUUUGUCGAUGAUAAGAAAGAACAGCGCAUUUCUUCCUGGAUUGUUAAGCGUAAUCAUUGGUAGAGAUUAAAAGUGUAUUUUUUCGUAUAUGGUAAUGUUUUAUAAACUUGGAAAUUAUGCAAUAUUGACCCAUAUAAACACAAUUAUCCAAAUGGUAAUAUUAAUGAAACCCAACCAAAUGAUAAAGAAGCGUGAUAAGAAAUAAGAAUAUUCAAUCAAGCAUAUUAAAAGAUUGUGACUCUGGAACUUUUUUUAAACUCGUUUAAGGUUAGGCUUGACACUGAUUUAUGCACAUAACAAUUUAGGCUACUAAAAUCUAUUUAGCUUUGAUAGAAUUAUUCAAAAAUUUGGAUCGGCAUGAAUAAAUGUGGGUGUAUUUAUAUUAUAAGUUUAAUAGUGGCAGUGUUUGUGUUAUAUCAACAAGUGACGUAUACUCUUGCUUCUGAUGAAUCAUGUACCUGGAGUUUAUGGUCGCCAUGGAAUUGCUCAUGUUGUGUAAGUUAUAACCAUAUACCAACAAAAAGAGUUCGCAUGAAAUGUUGUUCCAAUACCACAGAAUGUCCUAAACUUCGAAUUUCAGCGGAACCUAUUGUCUACACCGAUGAUGACCAUGAGAUUCGCAACGAAUGUGAAAAAGAUAUUUGUAAAGAUGAAACUAAAUCAUACUACAAAAACUGUCCUCAUGAACCUCCUGAAAAAAACAUUUUGUCGUGUCAACGCACAUGUACAGGUUUUGAGUCUGGAAAUGGUUUAGUGAAGAUACCAUCGACCCCGCCGUCGGUGACUAACCAAUCUGCAUACCCCUUUACUCCCGGAUUACAAUUACAAAACAACCACACAAACACAUCUAAUGGCACGAGCGGUGGAGGGACAAAUUGUUCGAGCACUUUCUCUGGUUUGUUACCAAGAGUUAUCAUUAUUGGACUAUUUAUGCAGACGGCUGUAACAGUACUUAUGAUGUUUUAGUGCGUAAAAUGUUUAUAACGCUUUACAAGGACGAAUGCAAUCUGUAUAGUUUGUAUUCGUUACAAAAAAUAGAAGGUAAUACAUGUAGAUUGAAAGUAAUGUUUUUAGAUUUCUAACGAUGCAAUGGCACAUGAAUACACUUGUUUAACCUUCUAAAAAUAGCGGGUAUACUUUGUAAAGGGACUUUUAAAUGCGUUUAUCUCAUAUUUUACUAAUAUGUUUAAUAAAAAUAAUGUCUUACAAUUAAAGUUAAAAACAUGACAACAUCAAUUGUACACUUAACAAAUCUUAUAAGUGUGCAUGUAUAAAUGGUUUCAUAGGUGUAUCAAUAUUUGCCCGAUCAUGCUGAAAUUUUCAAUAAAUACAUAAAAGAGACAUGUUAUCAUUUUCAUUAAGUUUUAUUUAUUCAAGAUACAAAUUGAAGAUUUAAUUUUUAAAAAAUGUGAAUGCGUGUCGAA